AUGGGAGAUCUGGGUGAUGGAGCCUCCCCAAUUAGCAAGGCAUUGGAGGUCUGGGGAGGAGGAGAGGAUGGGGAAAGAGGAGGAAGAGAGGAGAGGUCCCUUCAGCAAAUCCCCUUAGGAACCUCAGGAUUUCCCUUACCUGUGGAUAUUGACCCCAUUCCUUCAGGCCCCAGAGAACAGAUCAACCAAGUGACAUCCUUCAUUGAUGGGUCGGUGAUCUACGGGUCCAGCAAGGAGGAGAGUGACGAGCUGCGUGCCUUCUCUGGCGGCCUCCUCAAGGUGCAGCGCGGCCCGGCAAACACCCAGAUCCUCAUGGCCGACACCAACCAGAUUGACUGCAAGACCUCAGGAAGAUUCAAAGCCAGGUCACGCAAGACUCGGGCAGCAGACGGCCAGCUCAAAGACAUCGAGUCAGGUUCCCCAAACAACGUACUGGAUUUGAUGGAGGUUCUGCCUAACACUGACGUCAGCGAUAUCACGGAAAUUCCUAGCGUGUUUGAGCGUGACGACCAGACACUGCCCUGCGACCACACUUUGCGUUUCCGCACAGCUACAGGGUGGUGCAAUAAUCUUAACUUCCCGUCCUUCGGCAAGUCGUUCAGGGCAAAAAGUCGACUCCUACGUCCUUCUUAUGAGGACGGUCUGUCUAAACCUCGCGUCACUUCAGUCACCGGCAAGCCUCUCCCUUCCCCUCGGCUCAUUUCCACCAACAUGCACAACGACGUGUCUGCACCGCAUGUCCGCUAUACCCUAAUGGUCAUGCAGUGGGGCCAGUUUAUUGACCAUGAUAUUAUUUUCACCCCCAUCAACAAAGGUUUCCAAGACUCGAUUCUGGAUUGCCGCAGAUGUGACUCUCCCCAGACAGUCCACCCUGAGUGUUUCCCCAUAGCCAUUCCUCAGAACGAUCCAUUUUUCCCUCCUGUCAAUAUAUCAUCUGGCCAGCCAUUCUGCAUCCCCCUGACCCGCUCCAUGCCAGGCCAGCUGACUCUAGAUUACGAUGCAUACUGCAACCCAACAGUGCUCAAUGAAUUUGGCAUAGCCUUCCGCUUUGGCCACUCUCUACUCAAGCCUUCCCUGGAGCGCAUGGACGGAAUAUUUGCCAAGCGCAACCCUCCUGUCAAGCUGAGCGAACACUUCUUCAACCCAGACCUACUCUACCAGCCUGGGAUGCUUGAUGAGAUCAUCCGCGGCCUGACUACUGUGUCCAUGGAGACACUGGACCAGUUCUUGACAGAUGAGGUGACCAACCAUCUCUUUGAAGACAAGCGGCAGCCAUUCUCUGGCCUGGACCUGGCUGCCCUCAACAUCCAGUGAGGCAGAGA